CCCCAAACCACCCAUUCGUCCAUCUAUGGAUUCCGUCGAUCCCCGCUUCCCCCCCUUCCCUCAACUGACCUCCUCCACCCGAUGGCGCUUCAGCUUUCUUCUUCUCGUUUCCCCUGUUUCUACCAACGGUCAACAAACACCAUGUAGGUUUCUUUGCAGAACCGAAACCACUUCAAUCAAUCAAGUAUUGCACUACCUAUACUUUUCCAGCCACCUUGUGCACAAGCACACGUUGGGGGGACGAGACAACAAAUCAUCCCUGCAGAACCUUCAUAUAUCCUUCGCCCUUCUCACACUUUGUCUUUCACCACACACUAACUCGCAACAACCCGCCGUCCCCCAGCGCAAACAACAGCGCAAACGCACCGUUUCAUUUUGAGGCGUCUUGUAGGCGGAAGAAGGGAUAGGAUACCCCCCCCGAUACAUCUCUCUCUCGUUCUCCGACGAGGAAAAAGGAGAGUAAUUGAACGAAACGCCCAAAUGACUCUAUUCGCCGAAUCUGACAAGUACGGUUUGGCAAGCCCUGCCAUUCUCUGGUCCGAGUACGUCGCCAAGGACGGGACGGUCCAAAGGUC